GUUAUCUGGCCGCGAUUAGAGCGGACGGGGCGAAUCGGACAUAAUUUUAAUUUUGGAAUCACACAUCCUCUAAUGGCCACCAGAUUGGUGGAUGGUAGGCAUUUGGAGAGAUAAAUUCUGGUGCGCCGUUUCGUGUGUUUAUUUGACUGUUUUGACCGAUCGAAUCCAGACGAGCUCGUCUCGACUGCCGGACGGCGCAAGGACGUGGACGGCUGCGCAGUUGGUGCGUUGCUAUCGAAAGUGAAAUACCACCAAACCGUAAGCGACCAUUACGUUUGUUCCUUGACCCAUUUGGCCGACGAGUGAUCGUGAAGUGAUUGACAAGAGGCAGUGCAGCAACAGUCCGAUGAUGAGUGACUCAACGACCGACCAGAACCGGUCCUCGGAAACCGAGCCACUAUUGGACACCGUCGCCGCUUCCGACGAUACCUCAACAGUAGUAGCCGAUCAGACACUGGCCACCGGUGACGAGCAGGAAGACAGUAUGGCCGGCGCCAGCAAAGAACUGAAGGAAGGAACACAGGCCGGCGACGACGCGUCAUCGUUGACAGCGAAAACCAAGGACGACAGCAUCAUGUCGCUGCUGUACUCGUUCGCGAAGAAGGUGGUGACGGUGGGCAUCAUCUACUUCGUCGGCUACAUGGGCUGGUCGGUGGCGUGGCUGGUCACGCCCGUUAUCCUGUCGGUGGCCCGCGAAUCCUGGCGCAAGACCAACGACACGCGGCGCAGCGUAGCGAAGGCGUCGGCGAUGGCGAACGAUAAGGACGUUAUCCUUGCGCGGCUCCAUGACCUUCCGGCCUGGGUCUUUUUCCCGGAUAUUGAACGUUGCGAAUGGCUUAACAAGAUUUUGAAGCAGGUCUGGCCGAAUGCAAACUUCUACGCGAAAAAUCUCAUUAAGGAAUCGAUCGAACCGAACAUUCAGCAGGCGAUGGCCGGCUACAAGCUGAAUGGAUUCAAAUUCGAUCGCAUGAUUUUGGGGACGAUUCCUCCACGUAUCGGUGGCGUGAAGGUGUACGAUAAAAACGUGUCACGCAACGAAAUCAUCAUGGAUCUGGACCUGUUCUACGCCGGUGACUGUGACAUCAGCUUCGCGCUCAGCGGUCUGCGGGGUGGCAUCAAGGACUUUCAGAUCCACGGUACCGUGCGCGUGAUUAUGAAGCCGCUAAUCUCGCAGAUGCCACUGGUCGGGGGGCUACAGAUCUUCUUCCUGAACAACCCGAACAUCGACUUCAACCUGGUGGGUGUGGUCGAUCUGCUCGAUAUGCCCGGGUUGAGCGAUAUCCUGCGCAAAAUCAUCGUGGAACAGGUGGCCGCCAUCAUGGUGCUGCCGAACAAACUCCCGAUUGUGCUGAGCGAUGGUGUGCCGGCCCUGUCGUUGAAGAUGCCCGAACCGGAGGGUGUACUACGAAUCCACGUUGUCGAGGCGAAGGAUCUUAUGAAGAAGGACAUUAGCAUGCUGGGCAAAGGCAAGUCCGAUCCGUACGCCAUUAUUUCUGUAGGUGCUCAGCAGUUCCGCACGCAAACCAUCGACAACACGGUGAACCCGAAGUGGGACUACUGGUGCGAGGCCUUUAUCCAUGCGGAAAGUGGCCAAACGCUUCAGGUCGUUAUCAACGACGAGGACGCCGGCGAGGAUGAGCUGUUGGGAAGAGCCACUGUGGAAAUCAGCAGCGUUACGAAGAACGGUGAAAUCGAUACGUGGUUAACGCUGGAGCAAGCCAAACAUGGAAUGGUGCACCUUCGCAUGACCUGGUUCAAACUGAGCUCGAGCAAGUCGGACCUCCGUUCCGCCCUCGAAGAAACGCAACAUCUGCGUGUGACGUCCAUGAGCACUGCCCUACUAACCGUCUUCAUCGAUUCGGCGAAGAACUUGCCGCAAGCAAGACAGCAAUCACAGCCCGAUCCCUACAUGAUACUAGCUGUUGGCAAAAAAACAGAGCAAACAUCGGUCCAGAUGCGCACGGAUGCCCCCGUCUGGGAGCAAGGAUUCACCUUCCUUGUCGGCAACCCAGACAACGAUACGCUACAGCUGAAGGUGAUCGAUCAGAAGACUGGCAACACGAUCGGAACGCUCAUCUACAUACUGAGUGCAUUGAUGGAGAAAAAGAACCUUGAAAUCAUGUCGCAACCGUUCCAACUGCAAAAGUCGGGUGCAGAAUCUAAGAUUCUUAUGUCGCUUUCGCUGCGCAUCCUGAAACGCCACCAGGAACUGGAGGCAGAACCGACUCCCGAGAAAGGUUCUCGGACAGAAGGCGAUGCUGUGCUGACACGCUCGAGUUCCGUGCGAGCUCCAUCCCUUUCGCAAUCCUCUAGCCAGCAGGCCACGUCAGUGGAAGCCACAACACCGGAAGGCCUUGCUCAUCAGGGCAGUAUUCGGAAGCAGGAUUCACGCAAAUCGACCACUUCGGCGAUCCUCGAUCAGAUGUCCGUCCACCAGGAGGAACCAUUCGUUGUGUCGACGCUGAACACGGUGAUGAUGGCUACACCACCGCGCAGUCCAAAUCUUAGUGACGGCGGCACGGAGCUGUUGCGCCGCAGCCCCAGCACAACCUCUUCGGCUGGGUCGGCCGGGCUGGGCCGCAUCCAGCUUACAGUCUCUUAUAGCGUCCAGCGGCAGCGACUGCUCGUGAUUGUGCACAAGAUCAACAACAUACCACUGAAGGAUCCGAACAACAUUCCGGAUCCGUAUGUAAAGGUGUAUCUGCUGCCGGGUCGUACGAAGGAAUCGAAACGCAAAACCAACGUGGUGAAGGACAACUGCGAUCCCGUUUUCGAUGCCACCUUUGAGUACAUCAUUUCAAACGCCGAGCUCGUAAACUCGGAACUGGAGAUUACCGUCUGCACGCAAAAGGGUUUCUUCGGUAGUCCGGUCAUUGGCAUGCAAAAAAUGACUCUCAAUGAUCCCGAAAUUGCAAGUGGACAAGGUGUCCGGGCUUGGUACGAUUUGUUACCGGAGUCAAAGUUUGAAUAAAAGCUGCAAGCAUUGUAACCGUAGCCAGGUUCCAUGGUUCGGAAGGAACGUGAUGCAAAGAACGAGCCGUGAAGCCGUGAGCCGAUAGCAUUUAGACGUGAACUUAUGAAACAUGUGAGCCUACCGUGGCCAACAAAUAUCGAUAUUUUUACAGCGAAACAUCUUACACAGUUAGUGCAGGAUUUGAUUCCGCAUCGACAUUACGUUUUGUUCUGCAUACAUCGUUAAUUUUAAGUGCGAAGCACGAAAUGAGGAUAGUGUCCAAAGAUGGGUGCAAAAGAUAAUAUGGCUCAUGUCUCUUGCUAAGCUUGAUACAUAUUGAACAAAAAAAUCCUUUUCUGUUAUAUUAUAUUUAAAAAGCUCGUGAAUAUUGGUAAAGUGAAAGGUGUACAAGCAAAAUAAAUGCUUAUCGCCAUGCGUUAGUAGCGAUUUUUAAACACGCCAUAGAGCGAAAUAUUUACAAAAAGUUGCCCGUAGCAGAGGCAGGCAAAUCAAAAGCAUUUUUACCGCACUCAAAUAAAAUCAUGUCUUAAAAAUAAAUUGAACCAACAUUUUUGAGCCUUCUGUAUGAGGGGUCCGUUCCAAGCCACAUUAUACAACAUUGAAUCAUUGUAGAAAAAAGUAAUUUUAUUCAAAUUCAAGAAGAGACAUAAUUUUCCAGGUUGACGGAAUGCACAAGAGGUUUUUCUUUUGUAGAGUAGUCGAAGUAGACUGAUUUGGUUGGUAAAUUAGGGUUCAUCUUUCGAUUCGAAUUUCAAAUUUCUAUCUCACUGUUUCAUCAGACAUGUAAACCAAUUUGCGGCCCAUUUCAUGUGGUCGAUAAUUUCUAAGCAAACUGAACGAAAGUUGUCUCCAAAAUGUGUCAAUUAUAGUGAAACCCCUCUGCUCUGCGCCAAUAGCGAUAGCAAGGAAUCGUGUCGUAGUUGCAGGUAAUACUCUCAGCACAGUAGCGCCAAGAGUAGUGCAUGGCGAUGUUUUUGGGUCAAUUGAGGCCAAGCUUGUAGCUUAGAUAGCUUGUUUGAACAAACAUGGAAACGGCAAAAGUGGACCGAGUGUAGAAACUCGAAUGAACCACUAUAAAACGUGCUGAAAAGGUAUGUAAAUAUUAGUUUGUCGCGCCACCGAAGGCUCCAGUUGUAUGCACAUGCACGAACAGUUAUUUCUUGAAUUCUGUAAUUUAAAUCGAGCGUUAUGUUUGUCAACACCAAUAGUCACGCUCCCCAUGCUGUUAUCGGAAUGAAAGAAAUCUAGAAGUGAAUCAUAACAUUGUUCCGAUUUAUCAAGAGCUUAUAAAACUUCACUAAAAUCACGAUUGCAUUACAGAACUCUUUUCGUAGCGGUCAUAAGGUCGGAAAGGAUCUGAUCCGACGCAAAAGGGUAAAUAAUGUCCAGUGGAAAGGCCAGUGGUACCAAAUUGAAAAAAAUUAUUACAUUUUGAUCGAUUACGGCAAAUGUUAAACAAAUGUACUAUUUGAGUGAGAUAGCAAGAAAGCCUUUCAUAAAUCUAUAGAACCGUUCCAAAACAGAUCGAAACAGCUAUUGCACGCCAGACAACGUCACAUGCUUGGUAUAGCGUAGUUUUAAGUCGAACCAUACAUUUUACUCAUGUUUAGCUAUGCUCUGGCACUGGGCAGCACAAACGCCACGAAUUACCGAUUUGCUUCGAGCAGCACGCAGCACGCGCAAUCAGUCGUAUCUUACUUGUACGCAAAGAGAAAUAAACCGAAUAAAAUGGAUUUUUGGUGAGCCGUGUGAGUCGAUUGCAUCGAUUGCACCAUGCCAGU